AAUAGAAGACGGCCGGGUUAAGUCGGCAGCGAUUGGUUGCCGCUAGAUUAGGCUCCUCCCGCUGGAGGUGACGUCAAGUGUUUAUCGUAGAGAAGCGAAGCUAGAAAAGUUGGCAGUGUGUCGGUCGUAAAAGCACUAAGGAGUCGAAAAGGAGCUUCGAUUCUACGCAUUCUGGCUGUUGUGUGUGUGUGUGUUUUUUGUUUUUUUCUACACUGACAACAAUGUCUACGGCAUUGGUCUCCCCUAUGUACGACUUCGGGGAUGUGAUGUACAAGACCAACAAUCUUACAACGCACAAAGAAACAUACUUUCUGGAUCGAAAAGCCACCAUGAGUUUCCUGUCGUCUCAUCGAAGGAUCACAGCUUCACCACCUUCACCAAAGUCUCAACAUCAGAAAGGAUCAUCAUCCAAAGAUCGAAAGCUCGAUAGGAGUUUAAGCGAAUCGGCAGCAAGUCAACAGCAACAACCCAGGCCAAAUCAAGCGAAUUCGAGUCGUUACAAGACCGAAUUGUGUCGACCAUACGAAGAAAACGGAACAUGUAAGUACGGUGACAAGUGUCAGUUUGCUCACGGUGCCCAAGAACUACGUACCUUAGCGAGACAUCCCAAGUACAAAACAGAACUGUGUCGCACCUUUCACAGUACAGGCUUUUGCCCGUACGGUCCACGUUGUCAUUUCAUUCACAAUAGCGAAGAGACAAAGCAAAAUCUUCUCAAUAAUCUUCAGAUAGGUAAUCUCCCGACCAUGCCUACACGUCCCAAAGCUUUAUCGUUAGGUAGCUUCAGCCUGGGUUCAGUCGGCGAUCCUUCACCGCCUUCCAGCUUAAGUGGAAGUCCUACGUCUCUAAAUAGUUUCUUCGGUGACGAUCCUUACAAUAACAGCAACACGACACCAAACAUGGCCGCCAAUACAGCUUUCUCUUUCUCGCAAGACUUUGCAUCCCUCGUCAAACCACCUUAUCCAACCGACGUGGAAUCCUCCGUCUACGACAUGGAAACUGCGUCACCUCCGUCACCUGUAGAGUCACUCGGAUCGGAUAUCGAAACACUGAGCCUGAAUAGUGGAAGCCCCGUACCGACUAAUUCACCAAUUAUCGUAGACGGUAACAAAAUACCCCGUCUGCCCAUCUUUAGUCGCCUGGCCAACUUUCCAUAAUUAAGUGAUGCUCAAAGAAUAAAACACAAAAAAGUAUAUGAACAAGGGACCAAAAUGUAGCACAAAAUUUUUUUUUUUUUCUUCUUCAUUCCCUUCUUUUCGUCGGCAAGAGAAUUAUGUGUAUACAAUGUAUAAUUAUCCUAGCCUUUAUUAUUAUAUUAUUAUUAUUAUUAUAUUAAUUAUUAUAUAGCCAUUCAGAUAAUUACAAUUAAGUGAGUGCAUUAUUUGUACGUUUUAAAGUUAAAGGCUCCCCUCCCCCAUUUUUAAUUAAAAGAUAUCUGAAGAGCUAAAAUAUUUAUUUAAAUAUAUAUAA